UCUUCUCCUUUUGCAUAAUUCACAAACAUUAUACACACAUUAUAUAUAUUCAUCUCCAAACAUCUUACGUAACUUUUCUUUUCUUUAUUCCAUCCUAUUAAUAGGGAUUACAUAGAAUCUAAUUUUCUAUUUGUUCUGUUCUUGUUUCAUUAUCAUCAACCUUGAGUUUGUUGAUUGAUUUUGGAACAAGACAUGAUGAGGAAUAAUUCAAGAAAACAACACAAUACGGUGACAGAAGACAACAUCAAUAUCCCUGGGAAACAAACAUUUGGGAGCAUGUUACAAUCUGAUCCAAAUCAUGAUCAAGAUGAAUAUACUAAAUUUCGUACGAGCAAUAUAUCUGAAGCUGCAGGCCCUGCAAAUUUCGAUAAUCAACCUUCUCCAUUGAGCUCUGAUUACAAUAUGGUCUCUCCUUCACCUAAUUCGGACGACCAUUAUUCAUUAUCUUCUCCAUAUUCAAUGCCUUCUAUGGACCUAACAUCUCCAUUAUCAAAAUCUCCAUGGUCGUCACACGUCGAAAGUUAUCCUUACACAGGUCUUAUGGGGUCCCUUGUUCGUGAAGAAGGUCAUAUAUAUUCAUUAGCAGCUUCUGGAGACUUGUUAUAUACAGGAUCAGAUAGCAAAAAUAUUAGGGUAUGGAAAAAUCAAAAAGAAUUUGCUGGAUUCAAAUCAAAUAGUGGAUUGGUGAAGGCAAUAAUCAUUUCUGGAGAAAGAAUCUUCACGGGUCAUCAAGAUGGAAAGGUACGGGUCUGGAAGAUAUCUUCUAACGAUCCAAACAUUUACAAGCGCAUUGGAACAUUACCAACUUUGAAAGCUUAUAUAAAAAGUUCAAUGAAUCCAAACAAUUACGUUGAAGUGAGAAGAAAUAGAAAUGCCGUGUGGAUCAAACAUUUUGAUGCUAUUUCAUCUCUUAGCAUGAGUGAAGACCAAAAUCUUUUAUAUUCAGCAUCUUGGGAUAAAACCAUAAAGGUUUGGAGAGCAUUAGAUUUUAAGUGUUUGGAAUCUAUAAAUGCCCAUGAAGAUGCUGUAAAUUCAGUGGUUGUAGGGUUUGACGGGCUAGUGUUUUCAGGCUCGGCUGAUGGAACAGUAAAAAUUUGGAGAAGAGAAUUACAAGGGAAUAAAACAAAACAUUUUUUCUCGCAUACGUUGUUAAACCAAGAAUGUGCAGUAACAUCAUUAGUUGUGGACCCUACAUCCAGUUUCCUUUACUGCGGUUCAUCUGAUGGACUAGUCAACUUCUGGGAACGCGCAAAGUUUUUGUCACAUGGAGGAGUUCUCAGAGGUCAUAAAUUGGCAGUUCUUUGCUUAGCAACUGCAGGAAAUUUAGUUUUUAGUGGAUCAGCUGACACAAAUAUUUGUGUAUGGAAAAGGGAAAGUGGUGAUCAUAUGUGUUUAUCAGUGUUGAAAGGACAUUCUGGUCCUGUCAAAUGUUUGGCUGUUGAAGAAGAUCAUGGACCAAUUACAAGUGGUGAUAGGCAGUUUAUUUUGUAUAGUGGUAGCCUUGAUAAAUCAGUAAAGAUUUGGAGAGUGUCAUCAUGUCCCCCUUCCAUGCAAGCGCAGCAACUUCGAAGCCAAUCUCAUGGGGUAUGAGCUAGCAAAGGCGAGUCACGACUCACGAGUAAAGGCAGUGAGUUCAAAAUGAAUAUCGGUUAUAUAGUACGAGUGUAUAUUUUAAUUAUAUUCACGUAUGUUCGAGUCGAAACCAAAUUCGAUUGAACUUACAGAACUCGUCCUAAUCUCGGCUCGGAGUUAUUAGCACCAAUUUCCAUUGGUGGCUCAUCGUUGCAAUGUAGACGAGUUAGCCGAUGAAAAAAGAUAGCAACGAUCGAA